UUUUGUUUAGAUUUUGACCUCGUAAAUUAGCAGCAUUGGAAGCGUUCUUUGUUUAUCCAUUUAUUUUUGAGAUCAGUGGGAAGAUUCGAUUUCAUUCCAGUCAAUUUCCUUAUAGGAAUUAUGAGUGGACAAUAUAUUAUAUUUUCAGCUACAAAUUAAUUAAAAUACCUAUUCGUUUUCAUUCAGGCCGUUGUUACCAUAAGCAAACAGGUAUCAUGAGAAAAGGAGAGGUGAAACAAAUAAGAAAUAAAUGUACUCAGGCGAGCUGCACUGCUAGAGGAACCAUAGUGCUACUCUCGUGCGGAAAAAUGUAUGGCAAACCAGCGAAACCCAACUAUUCCAAACCCUAUCCGGAAUGUUGCAAUCAACCCUGGCUAAAUAUACUAAUUAAACAUUAUAUGUAAUUGUAUAAAUAUCUGAAUAUGCAUUAAAAAUUCAUUACCUGCAAUUGGUUAUCUGUGCAGCCUUGUCUUAUUUGAAAUCCAUAUGAAAUUAAAUUGAUUGGAAUGUUGAAAGAGACUAUGUACCGAUUUAAAAAAAAAAUGGACACAAUGUUACAAGAGACCGUAUUUAUCACAUAUGUCAAAAGAUGAAUGUGGAACCCUAUCGAAAAUCUUCAAAAAAAAAAAAAAAACAGUUUGAAGCAAAUUUUUUCAUAUUUUCAACCGCUAUAGGUGCUAUAAGGUAGCGAUUUACCCUACUGAACUUGUAAUCCAGAUUGAAUUCCUUUAGUGUUGUGCUAUUAGAUAUAGAAAAAAAACUGUAAGCAAAAAACUAAUUUUCCUCCCAUAUCGAUAUAAUCGAUAUGAACUUUAGAC